AUGGUCAAACGUAAAACUAUAUCUGGCGAUGAUUUGGAUGGAGAUCAGACGAUCCCCCUGCCUAUCCAGACGUUCUUCUGGCGGCAGACGAGACCUUUCAUUCGACCAAAACUGGAAAAGCUCUGUGAAGCAUCCUGUGUGUCAUUCGAACGUGUGGUGGUCCAAAACAUUUUACAUGGAUGUUCCCCAAGUCUAUGUGCUGCAAUACAGAGUGUCCCACGGUGGAAGGUUAUUCAAGCUGCCUUCCCUCAUGUCAUGCAUGCCUGUUCCACACUCCUGACAUCUUGUAAGCGCAUAAAUAUAGAUGCCAGGUUUGGUUCUAAUGAGACAAAGCUGCUAUACAUUCUUCAUUGGAUUAUCUUGGAUGCUGCUUCAGAAUGUGAGGAUCAAGAGUCUGACCCCCUCCGUAAUGGAGGUCGUACCAUUGGAAAUAGUGGUUCUUCUGAACAAAUGCACUCUCUCAGCACGAUACAACUAUUUGUUUACCUAUUUGCACCACUUCUGGACUAUAUGGAGGACUCAGAUUUUCAGACCUUGAAGUUGGAGAAUGGUCUGAGACUGUGGCAGCCACUUUGGGACUAUAGACAGCCUGAUAUACCCUGUUUUGCGACGCCUGUCAAACCACAGAGGAAUGUAUUAAAGGCACAGCGAAGUCUGCUGAAGAUUAAUACAAAUGCAGGUUUAGUGUACAUGGGGAAAGGGACUUCCCGAGAGAAUCUUAAUGUUGGAUGCAUGGAGAGAAGUAUAGAAUGUGAAGAUGAAAACAAUUCAAGUCGUAAGACAAGUACUGGAGAAUACCAAUCUCCACGAGCACCAAUAGUUACUAUGUCAAACAUCUGUCCAUCCUCCACAGGAGAAUCUCAAUCAGCCAACAUAGAGGUAAUCUGUGAACACUGUAAUACUGUCAUGUCUGUGCGUGGUGCUGGUGAUGGUAGUCGGCGUUGUAGUUGUGGACGGCGAGAAAGUUCUUCUUCUUAUGACAAAAUGAAUCCUCGUCACAGACUUCCAUCUCUGAUAGACCAUGACUUUGUGAAGCAGAGGUUAGUGAGUGCUGUAAACAGCGGCGUGAAAGGACCAACUACUCCAGAUAUCCUAAGUGCAAGCUACUUUGAUGUGGCUGUUUUGCGAUGUCUGUUCUGUCAGUACUGGUCUGAGGAUGGCAUUUAUUGGGCACUCAAGUACAUACAGCAGCGAUUAAUGGAGGUUUGUGAUGAGGUGUUCCGAAGAACAAACGUUGAUCGAGCAAGGAGCCAUUCACUUCCUUUCUCUGACAUUAAGAUCCUGAAAAGUGGUGGGUUUCCUUUCAAUCCAUUUGAAACACACAGGUCAGCAGACAGAAGAGGAUCAUCUGCCAAAGGUUUCAGCAAACUCACCUCCAAACUGACAACAAUUCGUAGUGGAACAGAAAUAGAUAAGCUCUCUCCAGACAGGCCUACAUAUCUGUCUGCAUUUGAAGAGCUCCGAAACAGGGAGACAAAAAGACUUAGACUUGGAGGUGUUCGGAGACACAUUGAUACUGGAACUGCACAGAUAAGUGGAACAAAACAUACUAGAUUGUCCCCAGUGGGUGUUCCACCUGUCAAACAUGGAGUGCAGUUUGCCACAUCAAAAUCUCCUGGAGUCUCUGCCCACACUUCACCUUUCCCUCAUGGAACAAAAGAUGAUUCAUCCAGUGGUGGUACAAUGUCCACUGGAGAAGGAGACGGAGACACAGAUCGAGGCUCGAAGAGUCAACACUCUUCAUCCAGUGGCAAGACUGUGAAAUUCCCAUUGUCACUCAGUGGAAUUACUUCAUUUGAUAGUGACAGAAACAAAAGCAACCGUAGUACAUACACUAAAACCAAACUUCAUCCCCAAGGCUUUGACAAAGAUUCUGCAACCGACAGUAGCAGUCAUGAAUCCUCAGCUUCUUCCCAGCAGGGUGAAUCAGCUGCCAAUGAAAUGAGCCAGAAAAAAUUUGACACAAUGCCUAAACCUAUAAUCACAGUUACAGAGCAUAGCUAUGAGUCAAUUUCUCCCAAAAGUCCUAAUGGCAGAGGCCAUACAGAAAUGGGUGAUGAUGGACAAAAGAAAUCUGGUAUCUCUCGUAGCAUGACAGACUCUGAUAUAAGCUAUCAUCAAGGAGAUGAAGUGCAUGAAGUGCCUGGAUCUGUCCACUAUAUCCAGGACAAUGGUCAUAUCAACUACAAGAUCAUCCUCCAAGCUGUCCACUUUAUCAGUAAUACUCAGACCAGUGACCGAAUUUGUGAGGUCCUUCUUAACAUCAUGAACUGGCUGCUCGACCUGGACAUCAUAGAGCGACCAAAGGAUAACCAACCAAAGACACCCACCACUCCAGCCUCUGAGGGUGACCGGCCCCAGGAGGCUGAGGAGAAGGAGGGAAGUCCCUCUCAGACCAGUACAGGUACAGAGGCUGAGGGACAGGGAGAUUCCACUGCACACAGUCUGGCUAUGGAUACAAUACUCAGCAUUUUCAAAGCCCUGGGAUGCCCCCAUGGUUGUGGCGAUGGUGUUCGGGGGUCACAUGGCGACCUUCUAAGGUUAAAAGGUCAAAACUGCUUGCAGAGAUUACAGAGGGUCAAUCCAGCAUUGUUUAAAACAUAUUUGAAAGACAAUAUUAAAAAGUCACCAUUACAAGACAGUGUUGACUUCCUGCAUGCCUUUCUUGGGUUUUGUGUUGAGCCCUGUUUGAUUCUACAGCAGAGUGAGCGUGCAGAGAGAUCUGGAUCUGGCAGUAAGAAGAAUAGCUGUCAGGAUUCACAACAGAAUGGUUUCCAGAACAACUUUGGUCAUGCUAUAGGUGGAGUGGGGUACCGCGGUGUAGAAGGGGUCCUCAUAGCAUCCAUCUUCAAGUCAUUUGUAUCCCGCUGUGUAGAGAACAGUCGGGACCUUUAUGGUAGUGACAACAUUGGUCUGUUUUGCGAUGUGCGACAGUUUAUGGCCUAUGUAAAGGAGAUACAUGGUGGAACAUUUCGUCGUGUUGGUCUGGGAGGACUUCUUGAUUCACACCAAGCUCUUAAGCAGAAGGAAAAGGAACAACAAGAGAAACUCAAGCAGUCUUUACCAAUCAGGCGUACUACGUCACAGACAUCCGAGAGUGGUGAUGAACGUGAGACUCGGCGCUCUGUAUCAGCUGCAUCUGAGGAGUCUGGGAACUAUCAUGGAAAAACUCGCAAAUCCCUUUUCAAGAAGAAGCUGAAAAAAUCCCUUGCUCUACAACAAUAUGCAGCAGCCAGUGACUCGGAACUGCUGGAUGAAACCCACAAUGCUAAGCAUAACUCACCAACACCAACUUCUACAGAGGAUGACUCCAUAGCCAGCAACAGUACCGGGAGACGGCGCUUCAGUAAAUUCCACCUUGGCUGGAGACGAGCCACCAAGUCUGACCAUGAAGAGGAGGCCCUCAGUGACCCACCACCUCUUGACCGCCGGGAAAGUCGCAGUGAGUUACAGUUCAACCGAGUCGCUGGUAAAGGGAAAAUGUCCUUCAAGACUGCCAGUCAUGCUACAGUCACAUUCUUAAGUGCCAGGAAACGGAUUGAAGGCGGUUUGAAAAGUCUUGGCAAACGGAUGAGUAAACGAGGCAGUGUGGAUAACUGGAAGUCCAAUCAAUCAACGGCAGCAGAUGAUGCAGAAUCUGAGUCCAUACUGACCAAGGAGAAAAAGCUGGUUGAUCGUUUCCUGGUGAAAUCAGGAAUGCUAAGGUUCUCAUUCUUGUUGGAGUGCUGUCAUCCAGGUUCCAUACCAGACCCAACGCUGGUCUCUGCCAUGCUUGAACUGGAGGCCCCUGUGAUUGCCAGAGCAUCCUUGUUGUUAGAAUGUGCUCACUUUAUCCAUCGCUGCAACCAUGGUGACUGGCCAAACUGGAUGCAUCUGAAUCUUCCAAGCUUUCGUCACUCAGCUUCUGCUUUACAAAACAGAGGCCAGCCCUCUGGCUACCGACGAACAUUGACUUUACAGAAAGCAGCUGGACGUAUGUUCUAUGCAUGGGCAGAAAAUCUUGGUACCAUGCUGCAGUACAUCCUGGCUAAAGAAUAUGCAAGUAAGCUUGAUGUCAUUGGAGAUGUGAGAUCAGAGGCAAGGAAGCGGGAACUCAGAACCAUGGAUGAUGAGGAGGACUUUUUAGAUGAAGCAACAGUGAAUGAGUCUGGCAGUAGCUGUCCAUAUGCUCUCAAAAUGAUAGCCUGUUUGGUACUUCAAGAAAUAACGACAUUUCUUCGUGAAACUUUCCGAGAUUUACCAAAGAAUAGGAGUCCUAGAAGAGAAGGAGGAUGCUGGGAACGUAAUCUGACAACACGGAGAUGGAGCAGCAUAGUCAGCAGUCCAGGGCAUUCCCCAAGUUCUGAGUCCAACAUGGCUGAUAUUCCACAUUCUUCAUCUGGUGUUGCUGUAGGGAGUCCAGGGGUUGGAGAAAGGAAGAUAAGUUUUGCUGUCCUCGGCCAUGCUGAUCGAUCAGACUCCUUGCACAGUAGUACAACAUCAAUAUCUGUACUGGACCCAACCAUGUCACCCCACAUACCAGCGGACGAACGCAAGGGUCGAAGACUUGCUCAGGGGAGACAAAAGUUGUUGAGGUACAAUAGACGAGGUUCUACACAUAACACCAGUUUUCGUCAUAACCGAAGCUUCCGACUGAUGAGACAAACAGAAGGAAGUUUAAAACGUAUUGGCAGUGUGAAAGGAAGAAAGGUCAGCAGCCAGUCCCUACAAUCUGGAGGUGAACGAUUCCAAGAAGAGGACGGAGUGGAUGACAUGGAAUCUGUUCUGAGUGAUGAAGCAGAAAGUGGAGCGGAAUACCAGGAGACAGAUGACUACAGUCUCUGUCAGAAUAUGCCUUGGAUAAAGGUAGUGGUACAGUUGGCAAAUUUGUCAAACUUCAUUUGCCCCCAUCAACACUACUGUCAUCCCAAUUGCUAUGAACGACAACGACGCUCCUGUUCUCGUCUUGUGACUGCAAUGCGAAAAGUCUACCUAUCUACAGAGCAUGACCCGGAAACUCUUGACAAAAGUAAACAAGGUCUUCAUACAGACUUUUUGAAGGAGAGGCUCAAGCGAAGAGAGUCCAUUUUCCAGCAAAGCUCUCCAACAAAACGUCGGGAGAGUACACCACUCUUGGAAAAAAUCAAAACUGAUGUGUCUAUGAGCAAACUGAAGAUGAACUCUACCACAGUGAAGAAGGAAGAAAAACCAAAGGAAGUAAAGGAGGACACUGCUAUCAUGAAGUACAUCACUUCUCAGGUCCAGAAGUUGACACAAUGCCCUAUGGGAAUUCUGGCCAAGGCAGCUCCUAUUUUGACGGAGGACAAUUUGAUAGACAUCCUUCCUGUGGCCUGGGAGCUGAUGCUGGAGACAGACCAGGAACUGGCUGCUGCUGCAGCAUCUGUGUUCCUGUUGUCAUCAGUGAAAACCCCAGAGAAGGCACAUGCUUUGAUCACUAAGGAACUGCAGCAUGAAGAAACAUGUCAGAGGAUCAAUGCUGUUCUCAGAUUUGGAGUUCUUUGGAAAUUUAGACAUCAAGUUUGGCCAAGAAUGGAAGAUGGUGGAAACAUGUUCUUUAAGCUGCCACCACCCAACAUAGAUUUUACACUUCCUUCUCCGACCAUUGGUCUGCCCAAUCAGCUGGUGGUAGACCCACCCUGGACACCUCACUUCAAAGCCAAGAUAGAGGAAGUGACUGUCAACCAGGAAGGCACUAAAUCCUUAGUUACUGCAACCACCACACGUAGAAAGGAACAACAGGAGAUGAUUCGGAAAGCUCUCCAGGCUGAGGAGGAGAGAAAACGUGUUGGACGUGAAAAUUUUCCAAUGACAACUGUGUCGAUUACCCAACUUGCAGCCUAUGAACCAGCUCUUCACCAUGCUGGGGAGGAACAUGAGGAAGCUAUCAUACCUGAGGAGCUUAACUUGGCUGCACGACGUGUUUCCCUUGCUCCCGUCAAUCGUGCUAACGUCCAAAGUCGUAGCUUGUCCUGGAGAAAUGGUAGUGUGCAUUGGGCCAGAUUUUUACUUGAAGGUGAAGAGGAUCGCACAGAACACACACAUCAUAUGCAGCUGGCUCAGACAUUCUUCCCAUCAUGCAUUUGUGCAACAGCAUUACCCAUAUUGCAUCUGUUGGAUGACCAGGAUGUUAAUGCAGAUGGCAUAUCAGUGGCAGAAGUUGCCGAGAAGGUCAUCUGGACGUGUAUUGUGGAAGACCCCAUUCUCUUUCUCCGACACUUCCUGGAGAAACUUACUCACAAGGACAAACAGGAGGAACUGCUGUACUUGUUAAGGAGGAUGGUGCUGUACUUUCAGGAUCUGCCCGCCCAGAUGGCUCACUCACUCUACAACUAUUUGACUGGCUAUGUCAUGUUUUAUGUUCGGAGUCCCUGUUCUGGUAGUCAGGAAGCCAUUGCUGGGGCCUUAGGUCUCAUCUGGCAGGUGAUCCCUAGUGUAGAUGAUCUAUAUUUCAAGGAUCUGAAGCAGACUCUAAAGAAGGAACAGUGUGAUCCAUACAUCAUGAUAUCAGCCAAUGUGCCCAGUGCCAAGAAGAUCAUAAUUCAUGGCACUGAUCAAACUGGUAUACCAUCUCAGCUACCCAUACAUGAAGAUACCCAGUUCUCCCAGAUUCUCCAGGAGAGUCUGGAUUUCUUCAAUGUACCAGAGGAUGAAUAUUCUUCCUAUUUCCUGGUAGAUACCAAGUCAAACCAGAUUCAUAACCUGAAUGCCUAUGUGCGUGAUUUCUACUUCUUCAGAAGGAAUGUCUACCCCCAGCUGAGCCUUGUCAAAAUGAAUCCAGAUCAUGCCUUCCAGAGUUUGGAGAAACAGGCUUUUAUUCUGAAAUUUGUUGAGAUCGGCAAGGUCUUAUUUACUCAUUCUGUGCUCAAGAGUACAGCUUCACAUCAGAUGCAGAAUCAUGUCUCCUUUUUACAUGAAGAGUUUUUGAAGCAGCCAUCAUUUCCACGAAAAGCUCUGGAAGCAGAGUUUGGACUGUACCAUGGAAAAUGGGGAGAGGAGCUGUAUGGCCUGGAUACUCUACAUAAACUCUCUUGGGUUAAGUUGAUGUCAGCCAUCUUUUCAUCGAUGACGAGUACAUUUUCAUGGACAAAUGAUCUGCAAUUGUUCCUGAAUGUGAUUAAUGGUUGUGUGAUUUUACACUGUGAGGACACUGCUUUACUCAGGUUCUGUCUGUCUACUCUCAUCAACACAUGUCGCCACUUCAAGCACAUUUUCUCCAUGAAUGGGUUCCUGUACUUGAUGCCUACACUGCUGAAGAUGUAUAGUAACAACCAGCCAAACCCUGUUCUGUGUCAGGCCAUAGAGUAUGUUUGUAAACAGUUUUACGUCCUACACAGGAAGCCUUUCAUCCUCCAGAUGUUUGGCAGUGUGACUCCACUCUUGGACAUGACCUCUGAAGAUACAGGACUUGUAGAUUGCAGAAAGGUGCAGCCUGCUUGUCUGUUCAAACUUCUGCUGUCCCUUGAGCGUGACACAGUAGAUAGCCUUUGUGUUCUGGAACUCAUCCAGGGAGAGAAGCCAUUACGGGCACUGGAUUUCUGUUAUGAGAAUGACCCCGACCGCCUGGAGAUGAUAGAAGUCAUCAAUAUGUGUGUGACUGUGAUUGGUUAUGCUCCAGACUCCUUCAGGAGUGUACAGAUGCUUACGGUAUUGGAGGUGGUGGUGCCACGAUACUUGGAACAUCUACGUUUAGAGACAACACGUCAGGACAACCCUCCUGCAGCUCGAGCAGAAAUCAGCAUUAUCAACAAUAUGGGUAUUUCCAUUCGUGCAUUGCUCAGCUGCUGUGAAUACUUCACAAGGAAUAUGAGUCUUCCUCAACGUCAGUUGGAGAGUGACAAACCAAAUGUGAAAUCAAACCAAAGUAACCACUCGCCACUGGGUGGGACUAGUUACUACGAUGACAGGGAGGACUCGCAUGCGAGCUGUCGUCACAUGGAGGAGGGUCGUAAGAAAGUCUACACACAGGACAGUGAGGACAUGGAAAUGAGGACGGAGUUCCGCAAACCUCGGGACUCUCUUCUCAGUGUAGUGGCAGAGUUUUAUGCCACAUGCCAAGGUCGACUCAAGGAACUUCGCAAAAUGUUGCAGGAUCCCUCCUUCAGACCGCCAGAACUCCUGGACCAUAAAGCACACAAUCGACUAGCAGAGAUUGCCAACACACUUUUAAAACUUGCCCCAUAUGAUCCGGACACUCUGAGAUGUACAGGUCUACAAAGAUAUAUGACAGAAAUCUUGCCAAUUACUGACUGGAAACAAGAAGCCAUUCGACCAGGACUGAAUCUAAUCCUGCGAAGGCUUGAUCGACUCUUUAAUAAGAUUUCUAAAAAGACUGCCCUAAGAAGACAAGCAGAUUGGGAUGCAGCUGCUAACCUUCUGAAAGGUGUUUUUCUCACACUGAAGAAGUUUCAGUACAUAGCACAUCUCCCACACUUAAAGACAUUAAUUGGGGCUGUCCUCAGUAUCAUACUGUCUGGCCCAGGGGGAGCUGUGCUGCCUGAAAACUUGUUCAGUUUUCAUGGAAGUCAUCGUAUUGAACACAUCACCCAGAGCAUACUCACUCCACCAUCAUUUUCUUCUGCUGUUGUAAAACUAGUGGCAAUGCAGAUGGCUGCUUUAGGGGAGCAGUUCUCCCUGGAACAGAUUUGUGGAGGAAUGGCUGAGUUCCCUACACCAGAGAGGUACAUCAACAUCCUUGUCAACUUCAUCUUGCCUCUGUGUGUUCGCUUAGGCUGUGGUAGAAAAGACACACCCAAGAUGAAUACAGAGGAUGUCAAGUUUGCUCUCCAGGUGAGCUUGAAUGUACUUUGCCCACCAGUGAAGAUCCGUUCCCAACAGCAGGGUAAUACCAAGACAACAUUGCAUCACCUGUCUAUCAGCGAGAAUCACCGCUGUAGCAGUUAUGGACAGCUGGACAAGGGCUUCAAGCAUGAGAAUGAAAUGUUACUACACACAGCCUACUUAGGUUUGGAGAUUUUGAUGACCUGUUUUGACAAGGUGUUGAGUACUGAGUGGCACAAGGUCACUCACUGCAUACAGAACCUAGGCUGUAAAAGCAAAGUUUCCUUGCCCAUGUGGAAGUUUCUUGACUUUGUUGUAACCUACCGACCAUCCAUAUUUCUGUUACUCCAACCGUUUAUACGAUACAAGAUUAUGCGUAUCAAUUGUGACACUGCCCAGGAGUACUACAUCCAGCAGACCAUUAAGGAUAAGAUGCUUGGCUACAGCUUUACACAUCCCAAGUGUAAUGCCAGCAUCCUUCUCCAACUGGCUGUCGAGCUUCAGGCACUCAAAGAUGAAUUCCACACUGUUGGAGCAGAAAGAUCUGACAUGCCACUGACCCAGAUUCCAGAGCAGCGACGCCAAGCUAGUAUUACAGACAUAGCUGUGGAAAUCAUAAACCCAGUGUCCAAACCCACACUAGCCACCAUUGGGAAAAAAGCCAGUAGAGCCACAAUAUUUUCCCAGUCGAGUUCAAGUACAGGUGCUCCGUUUAAGACGACGGUUGUUACCUCAAGUCUGGACAGCACAAGUCCUGUCUUGUCUGAGAGGAAGGUGAGUCGCCGUAUUUCUGCAAAAGAUGGUAGCAACAUCCUGGAGAAGUUCCGGAGACCAACAAUGGAGGAUAUCUCUCCUGGAGACACUAUAGUGAUGUCUGAAGCCACCAAGAUACAGCGACAGCCAAACAUCGUGCUUAGGUCGCCUGGUGCUUCCAAACAGAGCAGUUUUGAUGAACCAGCAAGUGUUCUAUAUGAGAGUGACGAAGGAGACACACCUAAUGGAGGAGGUAAUAUCUUAUCAGGUCAUUUUGGUGGUAUGACUAGCCCUGACCUUGACCCGAGGUCACAUAGGUUCCAGCGACAGGAUAUCAAAAGUCGAAAAACAUUCAAACGUAAGAAAACAAAAACAUCCAGCAAAGGGCAUUAUGGAAGUAAAAAUGGUGGCGAUACAACUGAGAAAUCUCCAAGGGGUUCACCUACUCGUCGCCCUGCCUACCAUGGAUCCCCAACCCAUAGAUAUCAUGCUGCUUCUCCUCCAAAACCUCACAGAUCACCACCCAACAGGUCAUACGCAUUCCUGCAAGAGAGCACCGAGGCAGAGCUCCAAAAUCUUCGACAAGCAAGAGCAACACUAGUAGGAGCAACGUCUCCAAGUGCUGCCCGUUCGGUGGAGACAAUACCAGAGAGUGUAGAAAUGAAGCCAAGUAGGCCCCGUUAUAUUCAGCGGUCCAAAUCACAUGACGAUCCCCAUGGAGACUUCCAUGCCCCUGGGACAGCCAGAGGCCGCAUUGCAAGGCAAGGUGCUCGCAUAGUGAGGUCUCGAUCACCAUCAUGUAGUCCUGUUAGAGUUGGUCAAUCACCAACAGCAAGUCCAACCAGAAAUCAGGCAUACAUUUCCCAGUAUGACUCAAGUGAUUCACUGAAUGCCAACGAGAGUUCAGCAUUGCUGAAGGAUGACGAUUCUCUGAAUUCUCCUCAGUCCAUGUGUAUUUAUUUUGAUGAAAGAGGCAGAACAAGAGACACUGUUAUGUGAUAUAAAAGACAAGAGAGUAUCCUUGAAUUCAGGAAAUGCUGCGUAGAAAUUUGGUAUAUACAGGAAUGUCAUUGUCAUGAAAUACAGUUUAACAUCCUCAGGACAUUCAAAUACCAAAGCUGGCGAUGAUAUGUCAUGCUACUGAGGAGUAGUUGUGAGAAAUGACAUUGUUGUGAAGCAUAAAAUGUAACAAGGGCAUUUAAUUGAUGUAGAAAUUUAGUUGUUAAGAUGUGUAUCUGUUUGUCCGUCCAAUUGUCUUGUUGGGAAUGUAGAUAGGGUGUUUGAUUUUUAAUCACAGCUGUGAAUGUUCUAAAAUGUAUAAAACAAACACCAAACAAUAGGCUGUUAGUAAAAUGUUUUCUUAUAGAAAGAAUUCAUAUAAAACAUCCCAAUUGGAAAUUUAUACUGGUAAAUGGAAAAAACCUACAUGUUAUGUUAUAUUAGAAUUUACUGAAAAUAUUUAAUAUUAUGCAAAUAAUUAAAAAAAAUUCAUUGUACAUGUUAUAAAUACCUGAGAGAAGAAACUGUGUGGUUUGUAUGUGACAUGUUUAGUAUACUAGAUGUACAUAAUUACUGACAGUAUUGCAACAUUAAUCUGUGGAUAAAAGCAUUCAGAGAUAAAGUUAAGCUUACAACUUGCUGAAAAGUUUUAUCCUGUUGUAUAGAGUCACAUGAAAUGAUAAGUGAUGUCUGACGGAACAUUGAAUCCAGUAUUAUAUAAGCUGCUGCUGCUGCUGCUGCUGGAUUGUUAAGAGAAAAACAUAAAUAAAAACUUCAGUUCAAUGUUCAAAGGUUGCAAAAAAAAUAGUGCACCAUAUUUAUCAUUUGUGAUCCAUAGUUGUUGACAAACUUGUGAAGACCUAGAGAAUUCAGUAUAUUACUCACCACACUUACAAUCACUCUCUGCACCCCUGGAACAUUUCAUGUGUAAAUUGGAUGUUCCAUGUACAACAACUUGUGGAUAUGUUGAGAAGACUAGUUUGAUGCGUUGAUGGACAUCAAGCAAAUCUCAAGGUUGCAUAACGGUAUGUGGUACUGGAUUUGAAGUUUGAUGUCAAUCCUUUGUAAUUAUCAAAGGAGCAUAUUUGUCUGUAAUUGGUUUUUUUCCCUGAAACCCACCCUAGAUAAAUCAAUUUACUUUGCUUGUGCCUUCAAUUUUGCCAUGAAAUAUUCCAGAGGUGAAGAGAGUGAAAAUUAUCACAACUCCUGGAGUAUCGAGGAUGAUGACAGUGUAGUGUAUAUCGUUAUUUGAUCAACAUGUUUUCUUGGUUCUCUAUAGCUUUAUCAGUCAUAAUCAGCCGUAUUCUGUAGUGAUAUUGGCUGUUGCAUUGAAAACUAUCAGAGUUUGUUUGAUAUCUGAGAAUAUUUUGUCUUUCAAUAUUUUAGUUCUUGCUGGAACUUAUUUUCCAGAUUUCAUUGUUCUUUUCAAUGUUUUCAGGUGUAUGAACUAGUCAACAAAAUCUUAUAAAUAUCAUUUGAAUUAUGAACAAUACCAAAACUUGUGUGAGAAUGAAUUCAACGCAUUAAAAUCAAAUGGUCAGAUUGAUGAUGAUAGUUAUGGUUAAAGGUGGUCAGGUUUUAGUCACCUAAUUAUGUUAUGUUUAUGUUAUAAUAAAAAUCAAACCAGUUUUUGUCUUGUGAUAUUGAAGGGAAGUUUUAACAAUAUUGAUAAAUCGGAUGGGAAGUAUUCUGGUGAGUCUCCCAGUCAAUAAACUGACACUACUUGGAAGUAUAACUUGUUAAAAAGUUCUAGUUUUAAUAUUUAUUGCCUACUUCAACUGAGUGAAGAUUAUGUAAAUUAGAUGUGGUAUUGUUAGUGUAUUCAUAGAAAUUUUAAUUAUGUUUGUAAAUAGAUAGUUUAGUCUUGAAGGAUGAAAUGUUGCUAAGUAAGGAGGAAGAGAAUUCCAAGUGGGGAUAGUUCGAGAGAGGAAAAAAAUUUUGUGGAGAGGCUCUACAGGAGUGGGUUUUGAAAGAGAGAAUGAGAGUGUUUGGAUAUUCGAUUGGGUAACUUUAAGUCUGGCAUACAGAUAUCUAUCUUUGUUGACAAUCUUGUGCAUCAUAUUGAAGCAAGAAUCGCAACAACUAUGUGUCAGACUACACCACUGUAAUUGGCCCAGCAUGUUACCGAAAUUGGAAAUAUGUUGGUGACAGUUAGUUAUGAAUCUAGCACGAUGUGUCAUCUCAAUCUGAUCUAUGUCUUUUUUUAAGAUGGGAAUCUCAUACUGACCUGGCGUAUUCCAGCUUUAGUGAGAUCAGGGAAACUAUCAGCACAGUAAAUGUUUUCCUCACUUCAAAGUUAUCAUAGAGCUAAAAGGUUGUAUAUAGAAGUGACAUGAUGGAUGAAGGUUAUCUUUCCUUAUUCUAGUUUUAAGGAUAUUUUUUUCACCAGUUAAUUCCACCCUCGAAAAUAGCAAAAAUUUGAACUCUGAGAAAAUAACUACAUUUACACAAGUAUUAUAUGCCAAAUAUUUUAACCUGCAAAUAAUAUCCCUUUGUUUAUUGUUAUUGUAUAAGUAUUAAUACAUAUUUAUUGAGUUUGUGAUUUAGUACUGAGACUAACUGCUGUUUGCUAAUAAUUUAUAACUAUUUUGGUCACCUGAGGCAAAGUCACACGGUGACCUAUUGCAAUCACCUUUGUCUGGCGUUUUGUGUCGUGUGUUGUGCAUUUAUACAUAAUGCGUCUGUAAACAAUUAAAUAGUUUUGACUUCUUUAUAAAAAUCCUGGAACAGAUUUCAAUAAAAUUUUGCAGAAACCUUCCCUGGCAUAAAAUGAACCAAAUUAGUGAAUUAUACGAUCUCCACCCUACAGGGACCUGAGGGAUGGGGCCAAAAGGGUCAAAUUUUGAGCAUAAUUUGUUUAAAUUUCCAUUGGAAAAAUUUGAAAUUUUAUUAGAAUUAUGAGCAAAGGAUGAGGGCUUAAUUGUAUGCCCAUAUUGACCCUGGCUGACACCAAGGACUGAUGGGCAGGGCCUAUAGUGGUAAAAUUGACUCCAAUUUCAAAAAUAUUCUUCUCAAAAUCAAAAUAUGGUAGAAUAAGGUGUUCUUUGUGGAUGAAAGUAUCAUAAGGUGCUUUACUAAAAUUGUGAAUUUCAUGUCCCAAGGAUCUCGCAUUUCACAUAGGGAGAUGGUAAUGUUUAGUUUAUAAAGGAAAACUAUUUUUUUAGCAUAAUUUGUUAAAUAACGGAUGAAAGCUUGAUGGUAUACCCAUAUUGAUCCUGGCUGGCCCCCAGGGACUGAUGGGUGGGGCCAAAAGGGGUUGAACUGACUCAAAUUUCAAAAAUCUUCUCAACACCCAGAUAUGGUAGAAUCAAAUGCUCUUUAUGGAUGCAAGUGUCUUUAGGUGCUUAACCAAAAUUGGUUUCACAAUACUUUCUAGGAGGAGGUUAACUUUACUAUAAUUUUUAUAGAAAAAUUGCAAUUUUGAGCAUAACAUUUAUUUCCCACUGGAAAUAACUUUGUAAGAUGUAUAAGUAAAGGAUGGUAUACAGGUAUUGACAAUGGCUUACUAUCAGCAAUGUCACAAUUUUUUCAUGACACUUGAAAGCUACUUGCCCUUUAACCUUUAUACGCAAUAUUAGUUAUCUCAGGUGACCGUCAAGGCCACUAGGCCUCUUGUUUAACUUAUAGCUUUGCUCGAAAUCACCAGGUAAAACUAUGUUUUAAAUGUAGAUUUUCAGUGUGCAAUAUAUUUAUAGCAAAUAUUUAUUUUUAGAUUUUGUGUGUAUAUUUUUUUUCAAAGUUAACAGUAGUAUGGACAUAUUAUUUCCACAUAUUUAAGUUUACAUGUAUUUGAUAUAUACACGUUAUAUAAUGUCUAUUUAACCACGUGUUUGGGUGAUACAAGUUGUUGGUAUUAUGAUGUUAUUGAUAUUUAUAAUCAAUAAAUGUGAUGUUUACAAUGUUAGUAAAUAAAGAAAGAAUUCUCUUC